AUGCCCAAAUUAUCUGAUGUGGCAAGCCCAGCUCUGAGAGUCGUCUCUCGGGGAACAAGCGCAAAACGGUUUCUUCAGGCCACGUGUCGCACACAGGACGAGCCGCGAUUGCCUCUCUUCGUCGGUGUUGCGAGAAAUUUUUUUUUCUUCAUUUCAUUUUGCCUCUUCGCUUUCUCCGCUUCUCGUCGAGCUGAGACGAGAUUUCCGACUCCGAUACCCCGUUCUUCUCUGUUCUUCUUCUCCUUCGUCCAGUUCUUCUUCUCCCUCGUCCAGUUCUUCCUCUCCUUCGUCCAGAUCUUCCUCUCCUUCUUCGUCGUUUCGCGGUUGUCGCCUUUUCGUCUUCGAUCUCCGAUUUCCGGCGAGUAUACAUAA